ACUCAGAGCCUCCAAUAAAUCAGCAUGCAGGAACUGAGAGCUCUGUCCUUGAAGAGAUGCACAGUGACCUUGCUUAUGCUUACUCUGGAGGAAUAACCAGGGGAAAUAUAGGAGCCCAAAUAGUGAGUGGUGUAUGACUAAAGGCACUGCAUUCUGCAUGAAAAUGCUACAGUACCGAAGGGACUGUACGGACAGCAUGCUGUUACACAAAAUGCAGCUUUCCUGCUAGCCUGACCAGAUUGCUGCUGUUGUUUUUUGCAGGGGACUGAAUGAAAUCCUCAUGAUCGUUACAUGCUUGUUGAAUAAUAGCACACCCCAGUCACGUCUCCUUGCAAGCACAUUUCAUUGGAAUCACUGAGCAGAAGCAAAGAAGAGCUGACGACUAUGUGUUUCCAACAUGGGUUGCCGGAGCCCUGUGUUUGCCAUUGGCUGCAGUUUUCUGGUUUAUUUGCAGCUUCCCCCAUCUGGAAUAUGAAAAUGGGAUUGAAGUAGAUAAUUGCUAGCAGCGCGUUUUCAAGAGAGGCUUAGAGGAAACAGAAUGCCUCUUGCACAGCACAGGCUGCCUGCACCGAAAGAGCUCUGAGAGAUGAUUUUAGAUGUUACCCACGUCUGAUUCUCCUGGAAACUUUACCAUGGAAGCCAGCCACUGCGCACAGUCCUGGAGCUAACAUCCAAAAGGGGCAAGGAAGGGACAGCAGGGCCAAACAAUGGGAUACCUUGUCUUUGGAUUGCUCAGAGAAAAGCCAGCAAGCGUUCCCCUCCGCUUCCCAGCAAAAAGGGCAUGAAGGCGACAAUGAACUGAAUUUUACCAGUGCAGCUUCAGUGGCUUUUAAGAAGGAUGGGCUACACUGACCCUUCGUCAAGCAGGGAUUUGCUGGGGAACAGAACUUUGUUCUUCAUAUUCAUCUGCGCCUUUGCCGUGGUCACCUUGCUGCAGCAGAUCCUCUAUGGGAGAAACUAUCUCAAAAGAGGACUGCAGUUUAGCUGGCAGAAUGGAGAGGAAUUGGCAAAUUGGACCGGCACCUUUAAUUUCACGGAUGACGGAGCGGUGAAGAGUGGCAGUGACACAGGCACCAGGUAUUUUGAGUUUUAUGAAGGGCCUCUGGAAUACAACUCCACCAAAUGCCUGGAAUUACGGCAGGACAUCAUUGAGGUGAAGGUUUUGUCUAUGGUGAAACAAACUGAAUUGUUUGACAGAUGGAAGAGCCUUCAGAUGUGCAAAUGGGAGAUGAAUGUCACAGAAGCUAAUUUAUUCAAGUAAGAAUGGUCCAAAUUAAUGAGACUGAGUAAGAUUUGUUUUAGUUUGAGUUUAGCUUCCUGUAGAGAGAGAAAACCACUUCCAUCUAUGAUUCAGGCAGAAGUAAGGACGGAAGAUUUGUUGCUUCCACGUUUCAAGGUAUUUUAACUGUUUCCUUACGUGAUGUUGCAGGAUAUGCCAUACCACCGCUCCCAGUUUAAGAAAUGUGCGGUGGUUGGGAACGGAGGAAUUCUGAAGAACAGCAGAUGUGGCCGAGAGAUUGACAGUGCAGACUUCGUGUUUCGAUGCAAUUUGCCUCCUAUAUCUGAGAAAUACUUCACGGACGUUGGGGUAAAGACGGAUGUUGUGACUGUCAAUCCCAGUAUAAUUACUGAGAGAUUUCAUAAGCUGGAGAAAUGGAGGAAACCCUUCUACGACGUGCUCCAGGUCUACGAGAACGCUUCCGUUCUGCUGCCAGCUUUCUACAACACUCGCAACACGGACGUCUCAAUCCGUGUCAAAUAUGUCCUGGAUGAUUUUGAAUCUCAGCAAGCUGUUUAUUACUUUCAUCCCCAGUAUCUCAUCAAUGUCUCACGCUACUGGCUCGGCCAAGGGGUGCGGGCCAAGCGGAUUAGCACUGGACUGAUCCUGGUGACUGCUGCCCUGGAGCUCUGUGAAGAGGUUCACCUUUUUGGCUUUUGGGCCUUCCCCAUGAACCCCUCAGGGAUUUUUAUAACUCACCACUACUAUGACAAUGUGAAACCUCGCCCUGGUUUUCAUGCUAUGCCCUCAGAAAUCUUCAACUUCCUCCACAUGCACAGCAAGGGGAUCCUGCGGGUCCAUACAGGGACCUGCAGCUGCUGUUGACAGGGACAUUUCUUCCUCUGACACAAAAGUGUAACAGGAAGGAACUCAAUGCCUCUGUAUGGUGGAGGAGGUUUUACUACACCCUGAGAUUAUGCAAUAAUUGUUUGAUAGAAAUUUCCUCAAGGCAUUGCAUCCCAUAGGAUCUAGGAUACCAGCACCUUUCCUGAUAGCAGAGUUGGGUCCGUAACAAUGUAGGAGAAGCAAAACUCCUCUCUCCCAGGGUAGCACUGCCCUGGAAAGCAAGUCAGAUAAGAAGCACAUUUCCAGUAGGCUUAGGGAUAAACAGAGCACAUUAAUAUAGUUAUCAUUUCACUAUGAAGAAAAGCACCAAACUUUUGAGGAGAAUCAGUGAUGGGGAAUUUUAGCAUAGACUGCAUGACUUCACAUAGGUUUCUGAAUCAAGUACCUUGGGUCAUCGCCAGAUUUUACUGAAAGCACUGUUCUCUGGAAUUUGGGUUUUUGAAAAUACACUUUAGUAUUGUAGUUUUACGGGGAAAUACAUAACCCGAAGUCUUUGUUCUGUAGCGUCACAAAGUACUGGUGAAAAAUAGCAGAUAGAUCUGAUAGGAAUAAACAAGAACACUUUGUUAAUUUUUUCAGCCAGGAUAGAAAAGAAUGUUAAACUCCCAUUCCCAGCAACAGCUAACUGUGUUGAUCAUGGUGUGCAACUUUUUUUGUGUUUCUUCUUCUUUUAUGUGUCCUAUAUUUCUGGUCUCCUCUGCUGAUCAUGUCUUCUUCCUCAUUGUCUGUAGUGCUUUCUAUCUAGCUAACGCAUGAGCCAUGUGCGUACUUCUUCAUUCCAGAUUAGAGUCCUUAUUAGAGGAAACAUGCUUCUUCACACUUCUGCAAGCUGAAUAGCAAGGAGAUUACGUAGUUAUAUUUUCUAAGUUGAUUUUGGGGUUCAAAUACCAUCACAGCAUAAGACUAAAAAAAGCAUUUCCUCUUUGAUUUUUAUUCAAGACUUUGCAAGAGUAUCUGAAUGUUGGUUCACUGUUCUGCGGGUCAAGUUAAAUACUUUCAGGUAUCUGUAAUAGGUACGAGCAGAAAACAGUUAAAAUACAGAGAGGAUACUUUGUGGUUUGGAUUAUGAUACUUAUUUUAAAAUUAUGCAUCUUAAGAUGUCAGACAUCUUAAUGUGACAUUUUUGUGUGUUGAGAAUGUUGCUAGAAUAGUAAAAGGACUGGUGUACUCUUUAAAAUUUACCAAUGCAACUCUGUCAGUUACGCCACGCUCAAUUUUUCACCUGAUACAGGUUAAAUUGACACAAUCCUGAUGCAGAAACUCCUGCCACAUAUUGCGGGAGUUUAUUUUGUCUGCUGAACUGUGGUGUAGUGGGCUGCUGGUAUAUGCCCUUUCACACCACAGUAUGAGUGAGGGUGAGGUUUGCUGUUUGAGCUGUACUGGCAUAGUUAAAUGAACAGAGUUUCCUCGUUUAAGUUCUUAGUCUGAAGCACUUGGGCUGUUGUCCAGUGCCUUGUCUUGCUUUGAUCAAGGAUUGGAGUUUAACAUGCUAGUUCUGUAUGAGGAAUACUUUUUUUUUAGGAGGGGGGGAGAGGGUUUAAAUCCAAAUCUGGACUUGGAUUUUGAUUUUGUAAUGCAUGAAUGCACAAAGCUUGUUUUAAAAGACUCUGUGCUAAGCUGAGAGCUGUGAAAGUUGCUCAUGCUACGGAUAAAAUGAUCCAAAAGGAAGUGGAGCGUGAUGGUCACCAUUUCAAAAGUCCCUACUGGCCAGCAGUGACCUGGAUGGUAUGCGAGAGUGUAUUUCCUUAACGUUACACUAGACUCCAAAGGUCUGAUUACUUUUAAAAACAACCCAUAUCCUUGAUAAA